UCCAAGACUGUUGAGGGCUCAAGUUCUAAGCAACUAACUUUGCGCCACGUGGCAUUCAGGGCAAUCUUGAUUGUGUGGCCGUUAAGAAUUUGAAAUCCAAUUCCAGAAGAAAAAAAUUUCUGUUCACCCAAAAAACUGCUAUAAGUCUGCACUUCACUCCUCUCUUAUCAUCAAAGACCACUCUGCAUCAUUUCCUUGCAAGUGUCUCUCGCACUCUGCAACUUUCCUUACUCCUCUCUAGCUCAUAAUGGCUGCCACCAUCUCCACCGUUGGAGCUGCCAACCGGGCACCGGUGGCCUUGAAUGGGUCUGGUGCUGGACCCUCAGUCCCAACUUCAGCUUUCUUGGGUAGCAGCUUGAAGAAGGUGAACUCAAACAGGUUCACCAACUCCAAGAUUUCAUCAGGAAACUUCAAGAUUGUUGCAGAAAUUGAUGAGGGGAAACAGACUGACCAGGACAGAUGGAAGGGUCUUGCCUAUGACAUUUCUGAUGACCAACAAGAUAUUACAAGAGGAAAGGGUAUGGUUGACCCUCUCUUCCAAGCUCCCAUGGACACUGGAACUCACUAUGCUGUCUUGAGUUCUUAUGAGUACCUCAGUACUGGUCUUCGUCAGUACAACUUGGACAACAACAUGGAUGGUUUCUACAUUGCUCCUGCUUUCAUGGACAAACUUGUUGUUCACAUCAGCAAGAACUUCAUGAGCCUUCCUAACAUUAAGGUUCCUCUCAUUUUGGGUAUCUGGGGAGGCAAAGGUCAAGGAAAAUCCUUCCAAUGUGAGCUUGUCUUUGCGAAGAUGGGAAUUAACCCAAUCAUGAUGAGUGCUGGAGAACUGGAAAGUGGAAACGCUGGUGAACCCGCCAAGCUUAUCAGGCAAAGGUAUCGUGAGGCUGCUGAUAUAAUCAAGAAGGGAAAAAUGUGCGCCCUCUUCAUCAACGAUCUUGAUGCAGGAGCUGGUAGAAUGGGAGGAACUACCCAAUACACCGUCAACAACCAAAUGGUUAACGCUACCCUCAUGAACAUUGCUGAUAACCCAACAAAUGUGCAACUUCCUGGUAUGUACAACAAGGAGGACAACCCUCGCGUCCCUAUCAUUGUCACUGGUAACGAUUUCUCCACAUUGUAUGCUCCUCUUAUCCGUGAUGGUCGUAUGGAGAAAUUCUACUGGGCUCCUACAAGGGAAGAUAGAAUUGGUGUCUGCUCUGGAAUUUUCAGGACUGAUGGUGUCGCUAAGGACGACAUUGUCAAGCUUGUUGACACCUUCCCUGGCCAAUCCAUUGAUUUCUUUGGUGCUCUUAGGGCAAGAGUCUAUGACGAUGAAGUUAGGAAGUGGGUAUCUGGAGUUGGAAUUGAAGGCAUUGGAAAGAAGCUUGUGAACUCAAAAGAAGGGCCACCUACAUUUGAGGCACCAAAGAUUACAAUUGAAAAGCUUCUUGAGUAUGGACAGAUGCUUGUGCAAGAACAAGAGAAUGUGAAGAGAGUUCAAUUAGCUGACAAGUACAUGAGUGAGGCUGCUCUUGGUGAUGCCAACAAAGAUCAAAUGGAAAGUGGAACUUUCUAUGGUUAGCUCCUUCAUCCCCUUUAAAGGCCUUGAUGGGAGGCCAAGCUGCCCAGCAAGUUAAUUUACCUGUUCCUGAAGGUUGCACUGAUCCAAAUGCGAAGAAUUUUGACCCAACUGCUAGAAGUGAUGAUGGAAGCUGCCGUUAUCAAUUCUAGGCCAUUUUAAUUAGGAUAAUAUAUGUUGUUCUUCGCAAGUGGAUAAUCAUUUGGGAUAAUCAAUUAUCUUGUUUUUUUCCUUUCUUUUGAAAGUUGAAUGGAUUGUUAUCCUCUGAUUUUGUGUGAUAAUUUCAUUUUCAAUCUUAAGAGAUUGCUUUCUUCCAAUUAA